AUGUCGUACGCAACGGACGUCUACGCUCGACUCGGCUCGGAGCUUGAGCUAUACGACUCGCUGCUAUCCACCGUUAGUACACCCGUUGAGAAAGACGCCAGCCUUAAGAGCCAAACUGCUGAAACCGACGACGACACAGCCCAAGAAGAUGCAGUCGAAGACCGCAAGAAACCCAUCCAAGAGAUCCUCGCAUCGAUCCGACCCUCUGAUGGUGCCCAUACACUGCCGUCUCGCAAGACUCUUCUCAGCCUCCUAGACAAGCUCGACGGCGCCUCUGAGCAGCAAGAUAAAUCUGCAGUAGCUCAUCUGGAAGAGCUUCAGAUCGUAGCUCUCUCUCGACUCGUCGUAGCCACGUAUGCGGUUGCACUCGACACGCUUCUGCAAGACGCCAGCAAGCUGGAAGACGAGACAUGGUACUGGACCGACAUCGAAGAGUCGACGAGGAUGACACUUUCGUACUUGGUCCAGACACUGCCUGUGCGAUUGUACAAGGUCACGAAAGAAGUAUUGGAGCUUGCAGCUGGAACAGCCACUCACACUCUCAAGAACACACUAGAAGCCGGCUCAGGAAAGGAUCGCAAGACCAGCACUUCCUCAACAGCAAAGAGUCUCGACCGUAACACGGUCCGCGCAGCACUACGCAGCAUCCUCGACACGCCCAACCUGGUCACUUCGAUGCUCUUCCCAUACACGUUCCGUAUGGAGCGAAGUAUCACACUCGAUAGUGUUCGUGCUGAGCACGAGAACCAGCAGAAGAAGGUCGCCACUCUGAGGUCCAAGCUCGAUGCAAGCAGCGUCGCUGGCGAUCAGCUGUCCAUCAGCUCAAAGAAGAGCAAGAAGCAGCGAGCCAAAGCGCUCCGCUCUACAAUGCUCACAUUGACACCGACGUAUCUUGUGCGUCAUGAGGCGAAGUGCAAGCGUCGUGGUCUGGUCAACGAGCGUGAUCGACUGGCGGAGAAGCUCGGUCGACUGGCACUGCAGCACGAGGCUCUCGCUGAGCAGGCGCAAGAACUUAGUGUCUCCUCGACAUCCGGCUCUUCCAACCAUGUUGUUCUGAGCCAUCUCAACGCCAAGCUGAAAGUGCUCGUUGAUAGUUUCACCGAGAGUGAUGACGACUCAUCCGCCGAGAAGAAGGCGAGCAGCAAAUCUGGUGAUGCCAAGAUCGACAUGGAGGCCAGCAUAACCCCGGAAUCGACGCUAAGUACCCUAAGAUUGCUCCUCAAAGAAGGUUUUGACAAGCAACAAGAACGAACAGUCAUCGUACUCUCACCUGAGAUCUUCGGCCAGCCAUCCGGUCUAGUCCAGCGCUGGCCCAGGCUCGUGUUUUACCCUGUCGGAUUCUUGCUACUUGGUCGUUACUUGUCGAACAACUGGAACGGCAUCGAAUCGAAGCUAAAAGAGACGCAAGAGACCGUACGAAGUUUCUUGAUCGGCUGGGUAUGGGAGCCAUGCAUGCAGCUACUUGACACCGUCCGACACGGAAACGAAGGAAGCGUUAUCAUGUCUCGUGAAUCGUUAGCGUCUGAUUUGCAGUCGUUGGAGAGGAUGGUGACCGACUUCACCGCCGACAAGUACGGUACUUCUGGUGCUGAGCUCCAAGCUGUUGCUGCGCGAGUAAGAGAGGGCGAUCUGACGCAGGUGCUCAAGGUAUACGAGAGAGAAAUGAAGAGCCCUGUCAAAUCGAUGGUAAGUGGCUCACUCAUCCGAUCCCUGCUCAUCCAGAUUCAAAAGGCGAAAGUGGACCUCGAAGUAGCAAUGUCAGGCAUCGACAAAUUGCUCAAGAGUCAACAGCUCCUUUUCGGUGCAGUUGGUAUCGCCCCCGCACUAGGCAUCUUGUAUGUCGGCCAGAAUUACGUUCGCGGAAAAUUGUUCAACCUCAGUUCGCAACGGUCGAGAUCUUCAGGGCAAGGAUACCAGAUGCGAGCGUGGGAAGCUAUGCGUCGUGUUGAUCGAUUGCUUUCUUCGCCUUCCACCGCUGCUGGUGGUAAGAAAGGGGACGGGUCGGCGGAGCGGGAGCAAAAAGGCCGAGAUGAUCUGACACAGGGAUUGCUGUUGCUGGAUCUGUCAACGCUACGUUCCGCUUCCGGUCCGUUGCUAAUGUCAUUGUCCCACAACAAGAAGGCUGCUGCGAGGAGAUUGCAGAGGCAGUUCUUGCAGGAUAUUCGGGAUUUAGAAUCGGGCGUACACAGUGCGGUGGAACGCAUGUGGCGAAGCUGGGGGUCGUCGGUGCUUAAGUUGCCGUCGUCGUAG